AUGGAGAGAAUCAAACUUGGCAAGAGAUUUCAAGGUAAGGUGGCCAUUGUGACGGCUUCGACCCUGGGAAUUGGCUUUAGCAUAGCCGAAAGGCUUGGUUUGGAGGGUGCAUCUGUUGUCAUCUCUUCUCGGAAACAGCAAAAUGUUGAUGAGUCUGCUUGCAAACUGAGAGCUAAAGGAAUCGAAGUAUUGGGUUUAGUUUGCCACGUUUCAAAUGCACAACAAAGGAAGAAUUUGAUAAACAAAACUUUACAGAAGUAUGGAAAGAUAGAUGUUGUUGUGUCAAAUGCUGCCGUACAUCCUUCUGUAGAUCCCAUUUUGCAGACACAAGAAUCCAUCCUUGACAAGCUGUGGGAGAUAAAUGUGAAAUCCACUAUACUACUUCUCAAGGAUGCAGCUCCUCACUUGAAGAAGGGUUCUUCUGUCGUACUUAUUUCCUCACUUGCUGCUUAUAACCCACCACCUACUAUGGCUAUGUAUGGAGUGACCAAAACAGCAGUUCUUGGACUUACCAAAGCUCUGGCUGGUGAAAUGGCACCCUAUACUCGGGUAAAUUGUGUUGUUCCUGGAAUUGUGCCAACUCAUUUUGUUGCACUUUAUACCUCUAAUGAUGCUACAAGGGAGGAACUUGAAAGGAAGGCAUUGAUUGGAAGGCUUGGAACAGCUGAAGAAAUGGCUGCUGCGACAGCGUUUUUGGCGUCUGAUGAUGCUUCCUACAUAACAGGAGAAAAUCUAGUGGUUUCUGGGGGAAUGCCUUCCAGGUUGUAG